CCGGAGCAAAGGAAAGACGGGGCCUUUCACUCCUCUUCCUCUCCCCCUCUCCAGAGUCGUCCUGAGUCCUGACCUACCCAAGCCUCCAAUCCAAUCCAAUCCGGCCGCCGCGGCGUGGCCUAGCCUCGCCGCCGGCCACUCACCCCUCCGCCCCUCGCCCGCGUCGCCGUCCCCGUCCUAACCCCCAUCGCCGUCUCCGCCCGCAGCCUUGGGCGGUUACUAUUUGAGGUAUGGCCCCUUGGCUGUCCGGCGGUUGCUUAAUCCCAAACUAAACCGGCGCAAAUCGGUGCCCGGCGUCCAGAUCUGCCCGUGGAUCUGGGCGAUUCCGCGACCUCCAUGGCCUUGGAAUCGCCGCCUCGUUCUCCCCGGGAUAAGGAUCGGCGCCGGAGUCUGAGUUGAGCGCUUUCCGCAAAGGUUUCGGAUUGCCUGUUUGGGUGUUCUUCAAGAUUGAGCCCAGAACAGCAUGUCCAAGAUGCCAAAUCCAGAGAAGAAGUUGUUCAGGAUGCCAAGCGCAGAUGCCGAGAUGGCUGCACUGCACAAGGAAUGGGAUGAUGCUCGGUGUCCAAUUUGCAUGGACCAUCCUCACAAUGCUGUGCUUCUGUUGUGCAGUUCUCAUGACAAAGGAUGCAGAUCCUACAUCUGUGAUACAAGCUAUAGACACUCAAAUUGCCUAGACAGAUUCAGGAAAAUGAAAGUGAACCGCAUGGACAGUUCAUCACAGCCAAGCUCUUCCUUGCCUGGAGAUACAAGUAACCAAAAUGUUUCAGAGAGAUCCCGUCUCGGUCCCAGUAGAGGGAGCCCCAGGCUGUUAAUAGAUGUACCUGAAUUCCGUGAAAAUCUCAGUCAUGAACAUGUCCGUAGCCCUGCAGCCGUAUCUGGACAGCAAGAAGGAACUAACUAUAAUCAAGGUCCAGUAACAUUGGAAGCUCUUAUGGGACAAGUGACUGGGCAAGUUGAGUCAGCUGAGGCAUCCAACUCGAAUGAAUUGAUGUGCCCACUGUGUAGGGGUGCUGUGAAGGGCUGGGAGAUCAUCAAAGAUGCCAGACAGUACUUGGACGAGAAGCCAAGAAGCUGCUCGCGGGAAGCAUGCGCAUUUUCUGGUACCUAUGGUGCGCUCCGUAGACAUGCCAGGAGGGUGCACCCCACUACCAGGCCUGCUGAUGUGGACCCGUCAAGGCGACGCGCAUGGCACCGCCUGGAGAACCAGCGGGAGUAUGGUGACAUAAUGAGCGCAAUCAGGUCGGCUAUGCCUGGGUCAGUUGUGCUUGGAGAUUACGUCAUUGAAGGUGGGCCAAGUGCAGACGAGCGUGAAGACGGUGGGCCAAGUGAGCGAAGCGGGUCUCUGUUGACGACGUUCUUUCUAUUCCAUAUGAUGAACAGUGGUCCGCUGAGAUCAGGAGAUGAGCCAAGAUCCUCAUCAAGGGCCCUGAGAAGGCAGAGGCGCCGCUAUCUGUGGGGAGAGAACUUGCUAGGCCUCCAAUAUGACGACGACGAUGAUGAGGACGAGGAUAGCCUAGACGAGGAGGUUCAGAGGCCCAGGACUCGCAGGAGGUUUGUGAGGUCAAGGUCGGAGGAGCGGCGCUGACGCGUGGGCGACCAUGCCAGGGCGCUGGGUGACGUGCUGCUUCGAAUGCCUAAAGUGCAGCACGGAUCCUUGCACUGGAAGAUCCAAGUCAACCGUGUCGCGUUUAAAGGGUUGGAUGGUUGACCGCACAAGGCAUGGCCAUCCUCAGGGCAUAUGCUGGAACAUGUGCUCGCUCGCUGUUGUGACCGAAGCUGCUCUCAAUGCACCUCGCGUUGUUUGCUCAGCGCGUUACCUAUAUCCGUAUCUAUUGUAUAUAUAGUGUUGGAAGCUAGUACCAUUUACUGAAUUCGUGCAUGUACUGUCUUGCACUUGGUAUCUUUGUUCAAUUGAAGCUGGUAGGGAUUGCAUUUGGCCCUGA